CACAUUUCCUUAGUCCUUAAAAACAUUAAAUAUUUAAAAUUUUAUUUCAUGAUUUGUUAAUUGUAAUUAGUAGGUAAAUGUGUUAUCUUAAAUUUGUUAUAAGAAUAAAGAAACGUUAUAAGUUUUAAAAUUCGUAAUUUAAAGUAAACAGUUUGACGAUGGUUAAGAAAAAGAUAACUAAAGGUGGAAAGACUAGUGAUGUUAAAAGGAGGAAUCACUUAAGAAAUAAAGGUCAUAUAAAAACUAAAAAGCAUAAGUCAAAAGUGUAUAAUGUUCCCCAACCUCCAUUACAAAGACGAGAUGAUCCAUCGGAAGAAGCUGAAGAAGAAGAAGCGGAAAACAGUGAUAUUGGAGAUGACAUGUUGGAAAUGGUCGAUAAGGAUGAUUUGGAUUUCCUGAAGAAAAAUAUUGGCAAUAAAAAUUACAAACUCUAUAAUCGUAUUGAGCUCAAUGAAAGCGAGAAAAAAAGGUCCAGGGAUGAAGUAGAUGAAGAUGAGUUAGAAACUAAGUAUGAGAACUUGAAUAUGUUAAUGAAAGAAGAAGAUAUAGCGCUCAAAAAACCUUUAUUGCCAAUUAAAACUAAAGAUGGCAUAUUAAGGCGGUACACAUUAAAACAAGAAGAAAUGGAACCUAGUAAACCAGCACAACAAAAAAAACAAAAAGUUGAAAACGAUGAAGAUGGGUACACGUGGUUAGAAGAAAAUGAACCAGAAAAGGAAAUAGUCGUAAAUAAAGGAGAACCGAUUAGUGUUGCGAAAUUGUAUGCUAAACGUGAAAAUACCCUUCAGAAUUAUAAGCAACGUAUUGGACUAUUAGCCAGUACGUUAUUAGAAAACCCCGAAUUAAAAAUAGGAAACAUAGUUCAUCUUUUAGAAAUUAUGGAAAAACGUGAUCCAGAACUGCAGGUCACUAUCAAAAAGUUGGUAACUCUCACUUUGUUGGAAGUUUUUAAAGAUCUACUGCCCGGUUAUCAAUUAAAAUUGGACCAGUUUGAUGGAGUGAAAUUAAAAUUGGUGACCAAAGAGUUAAUCGGAUAUGAAGGACAGUUGCUUAAAGGCUAUAAAGUUUAUCUCACUAAUUUAGAAAAAAUGGCAAGUAAGCUUCACAAAAAAAAAGGAGAUACUCGAGUCAUAACUAAUGUUCAUAUUAAACUAGCUGAAAUUGCAGUUGAUUGUUUAUGCGAGUUACUAGUUUCACAUUCAUACUUCAAUUUUGCAAUUAAUAUUGGCCAUCUAUUAACUUUGUAUUUAGACAAUAAAAAUGCCAAUGUCAGGAAAAAAGUUGAAGAAACGUUUAUCAAGAUAUUUAAAGAAGAUAAAAAAGGAGCUAUUUCAUUAGUUAUUGUACGUCGUAUAAACCAACUUGUAAAAACACGUAGCCAUUGUGUUCAUAGUGAACUAUUGUCCGUACUUUUAGCUUUACCAAUUAGGAAUGUUAAUCUUGAUCAAGAAAAAGAGGAAAUAUUGAAGUCGAAAAAAUUUAUGACGAGAAAACAAAAAUUACUAGCAAUGUCUAAAAAAGAAAGAAAGCGUAGUAAAUUGCUGGAAAAACUGGACAAAGAGAUGCUCGAGACAAAAGCCGAGGAAAAUGUGAAAAGUCAUUUAAACAAUUUGACUGAAAUUACUAAACUUGUGUUUUUAAUAUAUUUUAGAAUUUUAAAAACAGCUCCGCGUUCUAAACUGCUUUCAGUCUGCCUUGAAGGUUUAGCUAAAUUCAGUCAUUCUAUUAACUUGGAAUUUUAUCAUGAUAUUCUCACAGUUCUCGACUCGGUCAUUAAAAAACAUCAACUCAACGUACACGAACAGCUUUGUUGUAUUAAAACCAUAUUUGUUAUAUUAUCCGGCCAAGGCUCAGUGAUAAACAUUGAUCCUGUUCAUUUUUAUUCCCAUUUGUACAAAGUUAUACCUGAACUAGACUGUUGUAAAAAUCACACUUACUUGGAUACAUUUCUUCGUACUAUUGAAGCUCUAUUCUUGACGGGCCGCAAAAAAGUAACCGCAAAUUCAACAUUGUCAUUUGUCAAAAGAAUGGCUACUUUAACACUUCACACUCUUCAUAAUUCCGCGCUUGGGAUAUUAUCUGCUAUGAGAACCAUCAUACAAACAAACAAAAACACUGAAGCUCUGUUGGAUGUAGAUCCUUCAUACGGUCAAGGAAUUUACGAUGCGGAGUUGCUAGAACCUGAACAUUGCAAUGCUGGAAGUACAGCUCUUUGGGAACUGGCUACAUUGCAGAGGCAUUAUCAUCCGGAAGUAUGUAAACUGUCAAGGGUUGUAGCGUCGUUGACGGCUCCUCAAGCAAAUCAAACCACUUUGAGACCAGAAUUGGCAAAAAUGACACCCUCCGAGUGGUUCACAGAAUAUGAUCCAUCGAUUGUGGCUUUUAAACCAGCAGUUAUGCCGCCAGUAAAAGUUCCACAACGAAUACCGGCUUAUUAUCCGACCUUAUCAUACUCGAAUGUACUCGAUAAAGAUUUUCCGGUUGUAAAUUAUUCUAAGGAUUUCUUUUAAAUUUAUGUUGUUGUUUUAUUAAUAAAAUAAAAUGUAUUUAAAAAAAAUAAAUACGGCAUUAAAUUGUUUUAA